AUGGAAGCUACGAAGCAAAGGGUGAGGGCCGCUGCUGCCCGUAAGAAGGAGGAGGAGAAAGCCAAGGGAAAAGAAGGAGCGUCAACCCCUCAUUCUUCUUUGAAGAGUUCAGUUAAGAGGAAGGCUGACGGAAAGGACGAUCCUCCUUCUAAGAAGGUAGCCGUCAGUCCAGGGGAUGUGCCUUCCACGAAGUCGCCUCCCAAGUCUAGUCACGGUGCUGGGAAAGGAGUGAUGAUCUCUUCCGGUCCCGUCAUUGGGGGACCCCGUUGCUUGUUGACCCACAAUGAUUAUGCUGUUGAGGGGGUAGAAUCUCUCAUAAAACAGACAGAUCUGGAUCCUUGUGCUCAGCUAGGGACGGAGGACCUGGGAGCGUCAGCUUUCUUUGACAUAGCACGGGCCUUGGUUCGUGUAAAAGCACUUCAAGACCGGUGCGUGGCCAAAGAAGGCGUCGUUUCUCGGGUUAGGAGGCAUAACGCCAAUCUGAUGGAUCAGCAGGCGCAAUAUAAGGAGGCCGUCCGUCUCUUAAACUCAGAUCUGAAGGAUGUAAAGGAGAAGUUGGGAGAGGCUGAGGGUCAGCAGAAGAAGCUUGAGGAGGAGGUUUCAUCCUUACGUGCACAAGUAGAGACGGCUGGGACUGACGCGGUCCAAAAAUUCAAGACAACCCAGUCAUUUAUUGAUUCCUGCGCUGAUUAUUAUGGCACAGGUUUCGAUGAUUGUCUGAAGCAAGUAGCGUCAGCUUAUCCAGAGUUGGAUCUAUCCGGAAUUACCAUGGAUGCCUCCGUGCCGAUGACUCCUGCUCGCGAAACUGUUGCUGACAAAGGUGACGAACCCCUCAAUUUGGACUCUUUGCUUAAUGAUGCCGGAGUUAUUUUAGCCCAGCCAGCCGUCACUAUCCCUGCCGAGUCUUCAGAUACAGCACAAAUUGCCAAGGAUAAAGCUGACGGGGUCUCCAAGGAUGUUCCUGCCACUUAA